GAUGCCUGUGACUUAUGAGGACGUGGCCGUGACUUUUACUCGGGAGGAGUGGGGGCAUCUGGACCCUGCCCAAAAGACCCUGUACCAGGAGGUGAUGCUGGAGACCUGCGGGCUCCUGGCGUCUCUGGGGACGGUUGGGCAAGAAACAGUUAGCCUUUGGUUACAGCCAAAGGAAAAAGAUGUGUUGGGAGGAAGCGGGGGUGUCUCGCAGAGCCCAGAGGCUGUUCUUUGCCCAAACCAGAGCUGGUCUACUCACUGGAGCACAGCCCAGGGUCACGGACGUCGAAGACAGGCCUCUCCCCAGGCUCCUGCGCAGAUGUCGGGAGGCCGGGAAGUCCAGGAUCAAGGUGCUGGCAGACCUGGUGUUGGGGGACAGCCUGCAUCGCGGUCUGCAGAUGACAGCCUUCUCAUCCUGUCCUCACGUGGCAGAGAAAACAAGCAAGCUGUCUCGUGUCUCUCCUUGUGAUGGCGCAGAACCUGACACCGCAGACCCUUCCCCUCCUGGCCUGCCCUUGUCUGAGGAGGUCUCACCCCGGGAACAGCUGACUCAGCGAGCCUCAGGGGACUCCCGCUUGGGACAGACCAAGGAUCGAAAUGAGUCAUCUGAAAUGCAGGAAGGCCGCUUGAGACCAAGGGUAGAGCCCCUGAGGGAGAAGCUCCCUGGGAAAGUGAGCCCUGAACGUGAUGGUUUAGGGACAGAUGAUGGGCUGUUCUCCAGGCAUGGGCAGCAGCAAGUCUCUCCAGGAGACGUUCUCCAUGAACGAGACUCACAGGGGUCAGGGAGAGGUCCCUUGAUACAUGAGGGGCAACACCUGUACAAGUGUGAGGAAUGUGGGAAAGUAUUUAAUAAGAAUUGCUUCCUUGUUCGACAUGAGCAGGUUCACUCUGGAGUGAAGCCCUAUGAAUGCACAGAGUGUGGGAAAGCUUUUAGCAAGAGCACACACCUCCUCCAGCACCACAUGAUCCACACAGGGGAGAGGCCCUACGAGUGCACAGACUGCGGCAAGGCCUUCAACCGCAGGUCACACCUCACAAGGCACCAGCGGAUUCACACCGGAGAGAAGCCUUAUGAGUGCAGUGAAUGUGGAAAGGCCUUCACCCAUCGCUCCAAUUUAGUCUUGCAUAACAGGAGCCACACUGGGGAAAAGCCCUUUGUGUGCAAGGAGUGUGGGAAAGCCUUCCGAGACAAGACGGGUUUCCUGCGACACUACAUCAUCCACACCGGAGAGAAGCCCUUUGAGUGUGUGGAGUGUGGGAAAGCUUUCAACCGCAGGUCACACCUCACCUGGCACCAGCAGAUUCAUACUGGGGUGCGACCCUUUGAAUGCAGUGAGUGUGGGAAGGCCUUUUGUGACAGCACAGACCUCAUCCAGCACCACGUCAUCCACACUGGAGAGAAGCCAUACAAGUGCCUGGAGUGCGGGAAGGCCUUCUACCGCAGGUCCCACCUCAAACAGCACCAGCGGAGUCACACUGGGGAGAAGCCCUACGUGUGCGGUGAGUGUGGGAAGGCCUUCACCCACUGCUCCACUUUCAUCCUGCAUAAGAGGGCCCACACUGGAGAGAAACCCUACGAGUGCAAAGAAUGCGGGAAAGCCUUUAGCAAUCGGUCAGACCUCAUUCGACACUUCAGCAUCCACACGGAAGAGAAGCCUUACGAGUGCACGGAGUGUGGGAAGGCCUUUAACCGCAGGUCAUACCUCACCAGGCACCAGCGGAUCCACAGCGGAGAGAAGCCCUAUGAAUGCAUGGAGUGUGGCAAAGCCUUUUGCCAAAGGGCAAACCUCAUUCGCCACGCCAUCAUCCACACUGGAGAGAAGCCCUACGUGUGCACGGAAUGUGGGAAGGCCUUCACCUACUGCUAUACCUUUAUCCUGCAUAAGAGGGCCCACAUUGGAGAGAAACCUUUUGAGUGCAAAGAAUGUGAGAAAGCUUUCAGCACCAGGAAAGACCUCAUUCGACACAUUAGCAUCCACGCUGGAGAGAAGCCCUAUGAGUGCACGGAGUGUGGGAAGGCCUUUAACCGCAGGUCCGGCCUCACCAGGCACCAGCGGAUCCACAGUGGAGAGAAGCCUUACGAAUGCAUGGAGUGUGGGAAGUCCUUCUGCUGGAGCACAAGCCUCAUUCGCCACGCCAUCAUCCACACCGGAGAGAAGCCCUAUGAGUGCAGUGAGUGUGGAAAGGCCUUCAGUCGCAGCUCCUCCCUCACUCAGCAUCAGAGGGUUCAUACUGGGAGAAACCCCGUGUGACCGAUGAGGGGAGACCCUUCACAAGUGGGAGUCCUCAGUCAGCCUCUUGAACACAUUUCAGUUUUGUCACCAAAAGAAAGAGUAGCCAAAUCCUUGCCCUCAUCACUCUUCCGACUAAUUUUCUUUAAGCAGCUCUGCUCUACAGAGGUGAAAAUCUAGAUGCUCAUAAAGUAAACGAAGGUCACCAGAGGAUCCAGCUACUCAGAAGUCUGGUAUCUUCUGGACUUGUCAUGUCCACUUCUGGAACUCCACUGCUCCUCACUGAAGGAGCUUCAGAUGAAGAUUUCUGUUAGUCUUCCUAAAUGCUGGUACCCCCAGUGUGCACUUCCCCAUGGGCUCUGUGCUGGCCCACCACUGUGGUUCUCUACAACUUGCCUUUUAUUAUGUUGAUAUUUUCAGCCUACAAAAUGGUAUGCCGGAUGUCUGUGCUUAUCAUUGCUAAAUCUGCCACCCAAAGCUUCCACCUAGUGUCAAAUAAAUUAAAAUUUUUUAUAGUAUUCUGACCACUUUUUAAAAAACAUUUCCUUGCUCUUUGGACAAGUGCAGGAGAGCAUCUGAGGUACAUCACUGAGUUAUCUUCAACUUUAAUUAAAAAUUCCUUAUGCAUUGAAGUAUAACUUACAUUCAGUAAUCUUUCUUUUCAGGGUAUAUGUUUUGAUGAGUUCUGACAAAUAAGUAUACAAUUUUGUGACCACUGCCAUGAAGAUGUGAGUCACCUCAAAAUGUUCCAUCAUGCAAACUCCUCUCCCAAAUGCCAGCUUUAGGAACCACUGAUUGGUUUUCUUUCCUGACAUUUUUGUGUUUUUUCAGAAUAUCAAAUGAAUGGAAUCACCCAAUAUGUGGUCUUUUUUUUUUUUCCUUCUCCACCUGGCAUAAUGAUUUUGAUACUCAUUCAUGUUGUUCCUUGUUUUUUUUCCUUUUGUAACUGAGUAGUAUUUUAUUUUCUGGAUAUACUACAAUUUGUUCACCCAUUAUCCAGUUCAUGGACAACUUUUCCAAGGUUUUGGCUUUUGUGAAGAAAACUAUGGUGAUGUUUGUAUUGAAACACUUUAACUUAUGUAUAAUCUAGGAUUAGAACUGCUGUGUCCUCUGGUGUAUAUAUAUUUACCUGUAAAGGAAGCUGCCGAAUUGUUUUCCAGGAUGGCUGUACUAGUUUGCAGUCUCUCCAACAGCAUAUGGAAGUUCCAGUUGUUCUGCAUCCUUGUCAGCACUUGGAAUCGUCAGUCUUGUUGACUGUUGAAUUGCUAGCAGGGGUGUAGUUGUCUUACUGUGGUUUUUAAAUGGCAUUGCUGGAGUGACUAAGGCUAUUCAGCAUCUUUUCAUAUGUUCAUUGGUCAUUCUUAAAUCAUUGGUUAUUUGUCCAAAUCCUUUGUUCAUUUUUUUUCUUCUUAGCAUUUAGUUGUAAGAAAUUGGGUUUUUUUUUUUUCCUUUCUCAGUAUUCUGCAUGCCAGCCCUUUAUCAGAUACAUGCUUUGCAAACAGUGUCUCAGACAUGGCCUCAUCUUUAUUUUCUUUGCAGUGUCUUUUGAAGAAUAGAUAUUUUAAGUCUUGAUGUAAACCAAAACUGAUUUUUUAUUGUAAGUGUUCUUUUUGUGUACUAUCUGUAUACUUAGAGUUUGUCCAACCCAACGUUGUGAAUAUUUUGACUUAUAAAGCA